AUGCGGUGCAACCCACUCUUCCCCGAGCUGGACCUGAGUAACAAUGACGUGAAGCAUUCUGGAGUGAAACUUCUUACUGAUGGACUGAAAAGUCCAGACUGCUAUGUGGAUGUAAUCUCACUACUCAAUCCUGUGAAAGUUUGUCUUCAGCUUUACAAUUCAUCCAACUCAAACAUCCUGAGAGAGCUGUACCUAAGUAACAAUGACCUGCAGGAUUCUGGAGUGAAGCAUCUUUCUGAUGGACUGAAGAGUCCAAACUGUCAGCUGGAGAUUCUGAGAUUGUCUGGCUGUAUGGUGACAGAGAAAGGCUGUCGUUAUGUGUUUUCAGCUCUGAGUUCAAACCCCUCACACCUGAGAGAGCUGGAUCUGAGCUACAAUCACCCAGGAGAUUCAGGAGUCAAACUACUCACUGAAAAACAGUUGGAUUCAACCUGCUCACUGGACAAACUCAAUGUGGAUCAUGGAGGAGAAUCCAGGAUUACAGCAGGACUGAAGAAAUGGAUUUGUUUUCUCACACUGGAUCCAAACACAGCAAACAACGAACUCAUUCUCUCUAACAGAAAGGUGACACGUGUGGAUAAAUAUCAGUCAUAUCCUGAUCAUCCAGACAGAUUUGAUGUGUGUCAUCAGGUGUUGUGUAGAGAGAGUGUGUGUGGACGCUGUUACUGGGAGAUUGAGUGGAAUGGAGAUGUGUAUAUAUCAGUGUCAUAUAAGAGCAUCAGCAGGAAAGGAUUGGGUGAUGAGUGUUGGUUUGGAUAUAAUGAUCAGUCCUGGAGUUUGAUCUGCUCUCCUGACAGUUACUCAUUCAUACACAAUAAGAUAAAGACUGAUCUCCCUGUGAAGCCCAUCAUCAGUCGUAGAGUAGGAGUGUCUGAUGAUGAUGAUGAUGUUGAUGAUAUCUAUAGAGUAGGAGUGUAUGUGGAUGUGAGUGCAGGAACUCUGUCCUUCUACAGCGUCUCUGACACAAUGAGUCUCAUCCACACAGAACAGAUCACAUUCACUCAGCCGCUCUAUCCUGGGUUUUAUGUUUAUCUUGAAUCAUCAGUGAAACUGUGUUGAUGAAUCAGAAUAGACUGAUGAGAGAUUCUACCCAUAAUGCUUUGAGCUGAUGAUGAAUCAGUAAGAGUGAGAUGUUAUUGAGUCUCUUCAUGACAUUAAUACUGCAGCUCAACUUCUGUCACUCAAAUAACAGAAUAAAUGUGCCAGAAAUCACCAUAUAGACAGAAACAUCAGUGUGUAUUUGUGAUUUUAUUGCUGUGACUCAUCAACUCAUUUUAUUACAGUGUCAAAAUGUCACAAUCAUGAUUGAUGAAGAACAUGUCAUUAAUUUCUCUAUUUUUUUGUACAGAAAUAAUAAAACAAUGAAAAAUCAACUUGAGAUUUUAAUUGAUGUUUGUAUCAUGAAUAUAAUCGAU